AGUUACUGCUGCUGAGUUUCACCUGAGAACAAAAUAAGAACACUUCCCCAGCACUGAAACAUUAGCAGGACUUGAAGGGUUUACUAUGGAUUAUUUCUUCUCUUUAAGUGUUACAAUGGAGCCUGUAUACACAAGCAUGAAGGUGGCUCUGCUGUUUCUGGUAACAGUUCAACUUAGGACAGACGUGACGGAGGCAAUGCAGAUAACAUCCACGGGGCCACAGACCAUUCAAAAACCCGAGGGGGACACAGUUAACCUAGGCUGCGCCUACACAGCUGGCCCCCAAGACUCAGGAGAUCUGGACAUCGAGUGGUCCAGCCUCAGCCCAGACAUGACACAGAAAGACACACUGAUAUUAUCAUAUGCAGGGGGCCAGACGCUCUACUACGGCGACCCCAGCCUCUCCAAAAGGCUCCAGUUCAUAGCGGACCCUGCGCAGGGAGAUGCCUCCAUCAAUAUCUCCAACGUGAGGCCCUCAGACACAGCCACCUACAAGUGUAAAGUGAAGAAGACACCAGGUGUUGACACACGAAAAGUCACUCUGGCGGUAAUGGUUCCUCCAUCAGUGCCACAGUGUUGGGUUGAAGGUGGUGAGGAGAAAGGUGGCCCAGUCUCCCUGCGUUGUAAAUCCUCUGUGGGAUCCACUCCCAUCAGUUACAUAUGGACAAGACAGACCGGUGGUGCGAUGCCAUCCACUGCAACCCAAAACUCACAGAGUGGGGAGCUUUUGAUACAAAACCAUACAGACAGCAACGUUGGACGUUACGCGUGUGAGGCUUCAAAUGCUGUUGGCAAAGGACAGUGUAAAUAUGAACUGAAUGCGUACAACCCUACCAAUAAGGUGGGUGUCAUAGUUGGAGCAGUGUUAGGUGCCCUCUUGCUGCUGCUCCUCCUCCUGCUUCUCAUCUGGCUCCUGAUCUGCUGUUGCCAUAAGCGCCGCUAUGAGAAAGAGGUCGCCAAUGAAAUAAGGGAGGACACCAGGGCCCCAGAGAGCAGACCCGCCAGCAGAAACUCCAGCUACCGUUCAGUGAUGAGCUACCGCACCCACGCUGGGGUGCAGUACAGCUCUAUGAGGAAGUAUCUACCCAGUAUCAACGGGUCUGGCCGCAGUGUCCCCUCCCCAGGCGGGAGUGUCAGGAUAGCACAGCCCACUGCUGCAGGGGACAGUCCUGCUCCCCUCCAGUAUGACCAUCAAUAUGGAUACCCUGUGUAACUACAAUCCAUAUGUAUGAAAGACUUCUUUAUUUUGAUAUAAAUCUUAUGAAGAAAAGACUUUUAGGAAAAAUAUCAAAGAAUACUGUAUGUAAAUGUGUGUAUUGCGAAUGGUGCAAUGCAAUAUGGGAGUACUGGAAUAUGAUGACUGGGGACUCUUAAAAUCUCACCUCGCCUCUUGGACAAACAUAAACUGGCUGGUUUAGCACAUCACUGCUACUGCGAACAACAACAGGGUUUCAUAAUCUAAGCCAUUACUACACUGAUUAACUCGAACUGUUUUGUAAAAUGUAUAUAGUUCAAAUCAAUUUUUAUUUUGGUACUAUUUUUCUAUGAUGCAUAUAUAGUUCAGUCGGUUUCUUACUUUUUUGUGGAAGACGAAGUACAAUAAAACAUUUUUUAACAAGGAGAGUAGCAUAGAAAUCCUAUUGAGGGUUCACUAAAUAUUUAUAUUUUUGUAUCAUGGCUCCAUGUUUUACUGCUUAAUAAUGUCUGGGCUGACAAAACAUAACAGAAUAAUAUCUGAAACAUACAGUAUCUCCAGCUCUGAGGAUGCAAAAUGUAUUAACAUUCACUUCCUGAAAUAUAUAAAAGUUAAUGAAAUGA